AUGCACAAAAGACCUGAAAUAAUCCCAACUGCAACUUGCAGCAAUAGCAAGGGUCUACAAAUUAAAGAUAAAAAUGGCAUCAACAAUGAUGUUAGUGCAAUAAGUACUGAUGAAAAUGAAGCUGGCCCAAGCACUUCUUGCAGCGGGCAGGAGGGGCUAUGCCUAAAAAAACCGAUAGUUCCUUUUCUAGGAAAAGAAGAAAUCGAGAGAUUCUACAAAACACCUGCCAAAAGCGGACUUGGUCAUAUUAAAAUGGAAUCCAUUCAAGAGGAACCAAAUGCUGAAAAUGAACGUUUACCGGUACUUCUAGACACUCUGUGGCUAACUGGUAAGGUUUUGUCUUUUUCCUCAAUUUCCUGGACUGGUUUUAUGUCUACUCUUGAGUCUGACUCCUUGAACGUGGAUACAAGUAUUAUACCGUUACCCUUUAUCAACUUGGAUCCUGGCAACUUGAACACAAUUUAUACAGCUCUUUCAUUUGCGGCCGAAAAAAGCAAACGGUAUGAAAAAUCUUGUAUCGUAACGUUUGACCAACCACUUUUUCAAAAAGCUGUAGAUAUCGUAGAAGGCUCAAAUAAAAGUGAUAUUGUGUCUUCUGUGAUUGUCAGGCUCGGAGGUUUCCACACUCUGAUGUCUUUUAUGGGAAGCGUUGGAAAAAUCAUGGCCGGAAGUGGCAUAGAAGAAUUGUUGACAACCGUAUAUGCAAAAAUUACUGUACCCCAUAUGAUGAGUGGCCAUGCUUAUUCUAGAGCUUUACGAGGACAUUUUCUAAUACAUGAAGCUUUAAUUUUAAUUAUGUUGGAUGACCCAGAAAUAUUAUCCGAGGAAGACAUUCAAAAUAUUCAUAAGUGGCUACAAGAUCACAACCCCUUCAAAUGUUCAGAGCUUUUGUCUAUUUCAACAGGAAUUAUUGCUUCUCCUGAUGUAAAUUGUGAUAAAGCUCAGGAAAUCGGAGAAGUCAUUUUCAAUAGUCACAUUGAGAAACAUUUUACUGAUAUUCAGUGUAAAAGAAAGGACAAUAUCAAAAAUUUGGCUUCUAUGAAUAGUAGCAUCAAGCUACAUAAUACAUAUAUAGACUUCAACCCGAUGCAACUUUUCAACAGAAUAAUUUGUUCAAAUAAAACACCAGAAGAAAUAAAACAUUGCUUCAAAUAUGAGUUGUCGCCAUAUCCUUUAUCACUUUUUAAAGAUGGUAAUCUAAGAAAAGGAACAAAAUCUCAACUUCUUCAGGAGCUUGAUAAGAUCUAUAAGCCAGAAAGUAUGCCCCAUUCAGACACUGUUUAUGUUAUAGAAGGAGGAUUUCUGCUACACAAAGUCUCAUGGCAAAAACCAGCCUCAUAUAAUGACAUCUUCCUUCAAUAUGUAAAUUAUGUUAUUCACAACUAUAACAAGGAUUGUGUCAUAGUCUUCGACGGCUACACGAAAGAGGUUAUAUCAACCAAAGAAAGUUUACAACGAUGCAGAUCAAAGGGAAGCAUAGAAAUUUCCAUCCAUGCCCAAGCUUCGAUUCAAGAAUGGAUUGGCAACAACUUGGACCCUCUGCAAUACGGGUGGAAGAAAAAUAAGCAAGUUGAAAAGGCUACGGGAGAUACUGUUGGGUCCCAGGCAAAUACAUCAUUUGAAGAACAACUGAUUAAAUAUAUUCAAGAACGGCCUGCGCUAUAUAAUCCUGGAUUGCCUCUGUUAGACAGGACGCAUUCCAAGAAAAUGGCCCUUUGGGGUGAAAUUGCAAAUUUGUUUGGAGGCAAAUAUGCAGUGGUAGAUCUGCAGAAAAAGUGGAAAUACUUGAGAGACUGCUACACGAGGGCUAAGAAAAAGGUGAAAGAGUACAAGCCUAGCGGUUCAGAGGCCACUGCACCACCUAAUCCUGGCUUCUCCUAUUAUGAGUUGCUGAAGUUUAUAGAUGAUGGGGCAAGCUCACAAAGGACAGUGUGCUCAGUAACCAUGUCUCCAAUGCAGAAUCCCGCAGCAAGUCCCCUUCCUUCAACAAGUGGCGCAAACUCCCAAGUAGUGACGCCCAUAACCUCUCCUGUUAAUGAGGUGCCUGUGGUGCCUACACUGCCAACCCCAUCAGCAAAACGAAUGAAAACUGAUGGCAAAACAGAACUUCAAAGGCAAAUUUUAUAA